CUCUCUACGUGUUAACUGUUUCAUAACCUCAUAAAUCCUAACAGGAAAUUGUGAUUUUAGUUUUAACAUUUUUGUGAGAAGAAAAAGAAAAAUGCCAAAGCAAAUCCCUAAAUCACUGCAAGACUGCCUCUCGAAACUCAAAAUCCCCAACAAACAAUUCCCGCUGAGCGGCUGCAAGCACGUGAAGACGACGUCGUUCGCCGCGGCCGCUGCCGGCAAGGAGAAGGAAGUCGAUGGCGACGGCGUAACGCUGACGGAUAUCGACAAAUUCCUAUUCGAGAAUUUCCGAUCGCUCUACCGGGAGGAGUACGAAGAAGGAAUCUCGAGGAAAAGCGCGUUUCUGCUCGAGUCGCCGCGGCUCCUGGAGCCUCCGCCGCCGGAGAACCUCUGCCGAUCGGCGCGGUUCUUCGUCGAGUCCGGCUCGACGAGCUCGCGGAUCACUGACGAGCCGUUCUCGUCCGUCUCCUCCGCCUCCGCCACGAACGAAUCCUCGUCGACGUCGGAGGAGGCGGAGGCUGCGGACGGAGCCUUAGCGCCGGAGGAUUUCAUCGCGCUGCUGACGUACUCGCCGAGUCCGUACGAGGAUUUCCGGCGAUCGAUGCAGGAGAUGGUGGAGGUGAGGAUGGAGCAUAACCGGAGGGUGGAUUGGAAGUUUCUGGAAGAGCUGCUGUUUUGUUAUUUGGAUUUGAACAAUAAGAAAUCUUAUAGGUAUAUUCUGCGAGCUUUCGUUGAUGUGAUCGUGUUUUUGCGAGAGAAUUCCGGCAAAUCUCCGGCAAGUCUGCAGCCGCUGAACGGCGGAGCUCGGGAUGGGGACAUGUAAUGCAUGCAUGAAACGUGACUUAAGAUAAAUUAAUUAAAAUGUGCUCUCUUUUUCGUUGUCACUAUUAAAAUAGUUGUUUUUUAUAUAAUAUAAUUGUAACGUGAUAUUGUUGGACUUUUUAAUUCGUAAAUAGAAUAUCAUGUUUAUUUGUAUAUAAUAUAAAAUUACUUUUUGAAACUUGCAAUGAUUUUGUGUAAGAC